AUGGUCGUCUUCUCCAAAGCUAUUCUUCUGGUUUUCAUGGCGUAUAACCUUCUUCUUCUCUGCGGGUGCCAAACAAUACCAAUGGUUAAACCUAAACCAUCUUCAUCUUCAUCUUCAAUCGUUGGAGUUCUCAUGGAGAUUAAAAAAUCGUUUAUGGUGGAAUCAGUAAAUGUACUGAAUGACUGGUCAUCGUCUAAAAAUGCUGAUUUCUGUACAUGGGUGGGGAUUUCUUGUGAGUUGAGUUCAUCUCGAGUUGUGGGGUUAAACCUGACUGACUCGUCUCUCGCCGGACGAAUUCCACCGGCUAUUGGAAAGUUAACUGAUUUGGUCGUUCUUGAUCUUUCUGUUAAUGAACUCACCGGACCUAUUUCAACCACUUUCAUGAAUCUAUCUUCUUUAGAGAUAUUGAACUUAUCUUCUAAUAACUUCUCUGGUUUCAUUCCGCCGGAGAUUGGUUUAUUGAAGAAGCUCAAAAUUAUAAGAAUCGGCAACAAUGAUUUCACGGGAACUUUUCCGACGUCGGUUGGAGAUCUUACCAAUCUGGUUACUCUUGGACUAGCUUAUUGUAAAUUCACCGGCGAAAUUCCGGCAGAGAUCGGCAAGCUUACUCAGCUUGAGGUUCUGUCUUUGCAGUAUAAUGUAUUUGAAGGUCAAAUCCCGCCGGAAAUCGGGAAUUGCUCUAAUCUACAAGUUUUCACUGGUUCAGGCAAUAAACUCAAUGGAACAAUACCGGUUGAACUUGGUAAGCUUCGGAAUCUCACAAGUCUUAAUCUUAUGAACAAUUUUAUCACCGGAGAGAUACCGGAGCAACUGGGUGAUCUUUCCCAGCUUUAUUACUUAAAUCUUUUGGGAAACAAACUCGAAGGGUCAAUUCCAAAGUCAUUGGGUCAAUUGGGUUAUCUUGUAACACUUGAUUUAUCGGUAAACAAACUCACCGGAGAAAUCCCGGAAGAACUUUGGGUCUUGGGUAAUCUCAAACAGCUGGUGUUAUCAAACAACAGUCUUUCCGGUACCAUAACUAAAAAGAUGUGUUCAAAUACAACGAAUCUUGUUUAUUUGAAUCUUGCUAAUAGUCAUCUUUCCGGCGAGAUUCCGGCGGGAAUAGGGAAUUGUCGGUCAUUGCAACAGCUUGAUUUGUCUAAUAAUACAUUAAACGGAUCAAUUCCAUUGGAGUUUUAUCAGCUGGUUAAUCUAAACCUAGUUACUUUUCAUAACAACUCAUUGGUGGGAUCAAUUUCUCCAUUGAUUGAAAAUCUCACAAAUUUGAAUGUUCUUGCUCUGUAUCAUAACAGCUUUAAUGGCAGCCUUCCAAGAGAGAUAGGAAAGCUUCAAAGUCUAGAAAAUCUUUUUCUUUAUGAAAAUCAUUUUUCCGGGGAGAUUCCGAUGGAGAUUGGAAAUUGUUCAAGCUUGCAACAGGUUGAUUUCUACGGGAACUCUUUCUCCGGUCAGAUACCCACCUCAAUCGGAAAUCUACACAGUCUUAAUUUCCUUCACCUCCGAGAAAACGAUCUCUCCGGUGAAAUUCCGGCCACAUUGGGGUACUGCAACCAAUUAACAAUCCUGGAUUUGGCUGAUAAUCAUCUCUCCGGCAGAAUUCCGGCGAGUUUUGGUAAUCUUACUGUUCUUGAACAACUUAUGCUUUACAAUAACUCUCUUGAAGGAAACAUCCCUAUGGAGUUAUCAAAUCUUCGAAACUUGACCAGAAUUACUAUAUCAGAUAACAGAUUCAUCGGAAACCUAGCUCCAUUAUGUGGGUCUAAAUCGUUCUUAUCUUUUGAUGUCACAAACAAUGAUUUUCACGGCGAGAUUCCAUCUCAAUUGGGUCUUUCGAAUUCUCUUGAAAGACUUAGAUUGGGUAAUAAUAAUUUCACCGGAGAAAUCCCUCCGGCGUUGGGACUGAUCGGAAAGUUGUCACUUUUAGAUCUCUCUGUUAAUUCCCUCACCGGAGAAAUUCCAAACACUCUGUCUUUCUGCAGGAACUUAACCCAUAUCGAUUUAAACAGUAAUCAUCUUUCCGGUUUGAUUCCUUCAUGGAUUGGAAAUUUCUCUGAGUUAGGAGAGUUGAAACUCUCGUAUAAUCAGUUUUCCGGUGGAAUCCCGCCGGAGUUAUUCAAUUGUUCUAAGCUGUUAACUCUCUACCUUGAUAACAAUCUGCUCACCGGAAUCCUCCCGGUUCAGAUUGAAAAACUCGCCGCCGUCAACAGUUUGAAUCUCGAUAACAACAAGCUUACAGGAUCCAUCCCGCCGGCGGUAUGUAUGUUAACAACACUCUAUGAUAUCAGGUUAUCAAGAAAUAUGUUCACCGGAGAAAUACCAGUUGAAAUAGGAAAGCUUAAGUUGCUUCAAAUUGCUCUUGAUCUUAGUUACAAUAACCUCACCGGAAACAUUCCCUUUACCAUUUCAGAGAUGGGAAGUUUGCAAGCUAUAGAUCUUUCUCAUAACAAUCUAACCGGAAAAAUACCCCCAAAGAUUAGCGAGUUACCAGGCUUGGCGAAGUUCGAUGUCUCUUACAACAAUCUGGCCGGGAACCUCGAGUCGGAAUUCUCGCGUUUCCCGGCCAACUCGUUUAUCGGAAAUGGCCUUCUAUGCGGCGGCCCUCUUAAGGAAUGCGGCGGGGUGGACCGAUCCCAUCGCCUUAGUCGACAAACGAGGAUCAUUACAAUUUCAGCAGUCACAUCUUUAGCAGCCAUCAUUGUGUUGAUUUUAGGACUUGCUUAUUUCUUCAAGAAGAAUAGUGAAUCCUAUCGAAAAGCUAAACAAGUGAGAAGCGGCGGAGGUUACUCGUCCGCGUCGUCACAAACCGCCAUUCGAAGGCCGCUGUUUCGAUUCGGUUCGCCUUAUGGGAGAGAUAUUAAAUCGGAAGACAUCAUGAAAGCGACAAAUAACCUAAGCGACGAGUUCAUCAUUGGGACGGGUGGAUCCGGGACGGUGUACCGAGCUGAGCUUCUAACAGGAGAAAUGGUUGCGGUUAAGAGGAUGAAAACGAAAGACGAUGAAUUAACCGAGAAGAGUUUCGCGCGAGAAGUGAAGACAUUGGGGAGGAUUCGACAUAGGCAUUUGGUUAAGCUAAUGGGGUAUUGUGGUGACAAGAACUCGGGCGAUCAUUUGUUGAUAUACGAGUUUAUGGAGAACGGUAGCCUUUGGGAUUGGUUGCACGGGGAAGGAGCAGGCGGGAAGAAGAAGACGAAUCUCGAUUGGGAAUCUAGGGUUAGGAUUGCAGUCGGGCUAGCUCACGGAGUUGAGUAUCUUCAUCACGAUUGCAUCCCUCCAAUCGUUCAUAGGGAUGUUAAGUCGAGCAACAUCUUAUUGGAUGGCGAUAUGGAACCACAUCUUGGGGACUUUGGGCUCGCAAAAACAAUCUCGACUGUUGAUAAUUACGAUUCAAUCAACACGGAUUCGAACUCGUGGUUUGCUGGUUCCUUCGGCUACAUUGCACCAGAGUAUGCUUAUUCAAUGAGGGCGACGGAUAAGAGCGACGUAUACAGCAUGGGGAUCGUGUUGAUGGAGUUGGUGACCGGGAGAAUGCCUACUGAUGGAAGUUUCGGUUUGAACAUGGACAUGGUGAGAUGGGUAGAGACUCGAGUCGAAAUGGAAGGGUACAUAAGGGAAGAAGUAAUUGAUCCAAAUUUGAAGCCCUUAAUGCCUCAUGAAGAAUCGGCUGCGUUUCAAGUUUUGGAGAUCGCACUCGGAUGCACCAAGACUGCACCUGCGGAGAGGCCAUCGUCUAGGCAGGUGGGAGAUCUCCUUCGUCGUGUCGCGACCGAUAAGACAUUUCAUUUAGAGAAGAAAAACCUAGAUGUUUAUGCAUAGGUUAGAAUAAAUA